GACCGAAAAGUCUUCCGUAGUGGUAUGAAGUGAAAGUACUUAAUAUACUGAUAUCUCGAAGAAGGAAAGUGAAGGCCAGGGUGUGCGGGCUCCAUUCUAUAGAAAAAUUUCAGGUUCUUCCCCAGAUUAAUUUAAUUCUUCGUUCCAAAAGACGCGUCGUGCAUUUAUUUUCCACUAACAUCGUCGCCUUCCAUCUCCGGCUUUCCAUUUCAGUAUAUGAAUUCGUCUUCACACUCAAUUGAUUCAUCAUCCAUCCUAUAGAAUCCAACUUGAGAUUCUCACGAACUCUCACUCAAUUUUCAGGUCAGAACUUGAUAGCUAGGUUAGCGUCAUCUUCCCCUUUCUAGUUUAAUUGAUCGGAUGAUUUUCAUGUCACAGAUAUGCCAGUCUCUUGGAAACACUUUAGCUCGCAAGUAAAGAGGGCACUGACUUGUAGUCAAUCAUCAACGCUGAACCAGAGAGACGCACAUGAUGAAAUCCAAAGCUAUGUAUACGACGUGUUUAUCAGUUUCAGAGGUCCCGACUCUCGCAACACCUUUGUUGACCAUCUCUAUGCUAGUCUCACUAGAAAAGGUAUUUUCGUUUUCAAGGAUGACAAACAACUUCAAAAAGGUGAAUCCAUUUCGCCUCAACUUCUACACGCAAUUCAACAUUCACGGAUUUCUAUUAUUGUCUUCUCUAAAGAUUAUGCUUCUUCAACUUGGUGUUUGGAUGAAAUGCUUGCUAUUGCUCAUUGCCGUACUGAAAUGAAACAAAUUGUUUUUCCUGUUUUCUAUGAUGUUGAUCCAUAUCAUGUGAGAAAACAGAAUGGUGUUUACGAGAGUGAUUUUAUUUUACAUUCCGACCAAUUCAAACAUGAUCCGGACAAGGUUGAUGCGUGGAAGAGAGAUAUGACCAUUCUGGCUUCGUUAGCUGGUUGGGAUGUUAGAGAUAAGCCAGAAUUUAAAGAAAUUGAAAAUAUUGUUCAGGCUGUAAUAGAAAAGUUGGGUCGGAAAUUCUCUGCAGGGAUUGCUGAUGGACUUAUUGGAAUACAACCUCGAGUAAAAAUAUUAGAAAAUCUUUUAAAACUAAGCUCAAAUGGUGACGAUUUUCGAGUUUUAGGAAUAUGGGGGAUGGAUGGCAUAGGAAAGACAACUCUUGCGAGUGUCUUGUAUGACACAAUCUCACAUCACUAUCAAUUUGGUGCUUGUUGUUUUAUCGAGAAUGUUAGCAGAGUUUAUAGAGAUGGCGGUGCUAUUGCUGUUCAAAAACAAAUUCUUCGUCAAACUCUGGAAGAAAAAAAUAUGGAAACAUACACUUCUUCCGACAUAUCUGGAAUCAUACUAAACAGGCUAUACAACAUGAAGCUCCUUAUAGUUCUUGACGAUGUUGAUCAAUUUGAGCAAUUGCAAGAAUUGCACAUAAAUCCCAAACUACUUCGUCCAGGAAGUAGAAUAAUCAUAACCACUAGAGAUGUGCAUAUUCUUGAAUUGUAUGGAGCAGAUAGAAUUCACGAGGUUGAAUUGAUGAAUGAUAAUGAUGCUCGUGAACUUCUAUGUAGAAAAGCCUUUAGUAGUGAUAAUUCUAGUAGUGAUUAUGCAGAACUUAUUGGUAUGGUACUUAAGUAUGCUCAAGGUCUUCCAUUAGCAAUUAGAGUAAUGGGUUCUUUCUUGUAUAAUAGAAAUACUUCCCAAUGGAGAGCUACCUUGGAAGGAUUGGAGAAUAAUCCAGAUAGUGGAAUCAUGAAAGUGCUUCAGUCAAGUUUUGAGGGGCUCGAGCAAAGAGAGAGAGAAAUAUUUUUGCACAUUGCUUGCUUCUUUGAUGGGGAGAGGGAGGAUUAUGUGAGGAGAAUUCUAGAUGCUUGUGGAUUGCAGCCUGAUAUUGGACUUUCACUUAUUGCUGAAAAAUCGUUCAUAACCAUUAGAAACCAAGAAAUUCAUAUGCAUAAAAUGUUGCAAGAGUUGGGGAAGAAAAGUGUUCGGGAACAGCAUCCUGAUGAGCCAAGAUUAUGGAGCAGAUUGUGGCUUCCCAAUGAUUUGUAUGAUGCGAUGAUUACAAAACGGGGACCAGUAAAAGCUAAAGCCAUAAUUCUAAAUCAGAAGAAGGAUGUCUGUGAAUUCAAUCCGUUGACGGAUAAAGAUUUAGCAAAAUUGAAAAACUUGAAAGUGCUCAUAUUAUAUCAUUCAAAGUUUUCAGGAAGCCGCAAAUUGAAGGAUAGAAAAACACUUAGAAAGGGGGGGAUUGAAUAAGUGUGACUUUAAAUCUUGGACGAUAAAAAUAAAUUGCACAAUUAUUUUUAUCCUGGUUCGCUCUUAACGAAGCUACUCCAGUCCACCCCCGCAGAGAUGAUUUACCUCAACUGAGGAUUUAAUCCACUAAUCGCACGGAUUACAAUGGUUUUCCACUUAGUCCGCAACUAAGUCUUCCAGAGUCUUCUGAUCACACACUGAUCACUCCAGGAACAACUGCUUAGAUACCCUCUAAGACUUUUCUAGAGUCUACUGAUCAACACGAUCACUCUAGGCUUAGUUCACUCCUAAGACUUCUCUAGAGUAUUCUGAUCAACACGAUCACUCUAGUUACAAACUGCUCAGCCAACUGCUAAGACUUCCUAGAGUAUACUGAUCACACUGAUCACUCUAGUUCCUUACAACUUAAUGUAAUCUAUUCAAGAGUUUACAAAUGCUUCUUAAAAGCGAUAAUCACAACUGUGAUAUUUCUCUUAACGUUUAAGCUUAAUCUCACUAAAAUAUUACAACAGCAAUGUAGUGAGUUGAUGAAGAUUAUGAGCUUUGAUUGAACAGCGUUUCAGCAGGUUUAUUUUCGUUCAGAGUUGUUAAGAAUUGGUAACCUUGCUUCUCAUCAGAACUUCAUAUUUAUAGGCGUUGAGAAGAUGACCGUUGAAUGCAUUUAAUGCUUUGCGUGUUCCGUACAGCAUUGCACUUAAUGUUAUACGCUUUUGUCAACUACCUCGAGCCUUGUUCACGCUGUGUCUACUGACGUAGCUUCUAGUAGCUUUUAACGUUCCUUUUGUCAGUCAGCGUAGUCUGCCACCUGUACUUCCUUCUGAUCUGAUGUUUGUGAAUACUGCGUUUGAAUAUCAUCAGAGUCAAAACAGCUUGGUGCAUAGCAUCUUCUGAUCUUGAAGUGCUUCUGAGCGUGAUACCAUCUUCUGAUCUUCAGUGCUUCUGAUCUCAUGUUCUUCUGAUGCUUCCAUAGACCCAUGUUCUGAUUCUGCUUCGACCAUCUUCUGAUGUCUUGCCAGACCAUGUUCUGAUGUUGCAUGCUGAACCAUUUGAGAUACAACUUCUGAGCGCUGAAUCAUGCGUACUCUUUAUAUAUAUUUCCUGAAAGGGAAAUUGCAAUGGAUUAGAGUACCAUAUUAUCUUAAGCAAAAUUCAUAUUAUUGUUAUCAUCAAAACUAAGAUAAUUGAUAAGAACAAAUCUUGUUCUAACAAUCUCCCCCUUUUUGAUGAUGACAAAAACAUAUAUAAAUGAUAUGAAUUUGCGAUCAGAAAGAGUAGACGGCAAAAGACAAAUUACACAGCUAUAGCAUAAGCAUAUGAAUAUGUCUCCCCCUGAGAUAAAUAAUCUCCCCCUGAAAUAA